UGAGCAUUGACUUUGAGUCGAUUUUAUGCCCUGAAAAGGUUCCCCCUACACAAUGGGCCGAGCAGACACCAAGAAGUGUUUCCUGAGAAAGGUACAACAUCUUCCUGAUGUUGGUGCCUGCUCUGGGGAUUUCACUGCAAGAGCCAGCCUAUCUCCAGAAAGGAUUCGUUUGCUCAAGAUCAGAAGUGGCUGCAGAAAGAGUUUGCAGUAUGUUUGUGAUGGACAUUUCACUAAGUUCAUUCACCGCUUUGAAGCACACCAGAAAAACUGCUGUCUUCAUGAGUCAACAUCUGUUCAUGAUGGCCCUCCAGCCAAAAAGAAAAACACUGGCACUCCUCAAUUGCAUGUUAUUACACUCCAAAUGCGGGACAGUGCCAAAACUAUUGGACUUGCUUUGGUGCCCGGCAAGAAAGUGUGUGUCAAGUGCAAGAUUGACCUGAACGCUAAAAUCAAAGCUGCUGAAAAAUCUGCCGCAGAAAAGGCUGCUCAAGAAUCUUCAAGCAACGCUCCUGACCCGGCUUCAAUUUCCAACCCUCCUAUAUUUUCGUCACCUAGUGUAGGGUCUACUUUGGCCCCCAGUGAUAUUACAACUCCCACUGUACCUGCAGAUAGAAAGGCUUCUAAAGAAGAGUUUUUUCAGGAGAGUAUUGAUGGAUUAAAUACUUGGCUGUCCUCUCUUGGAUUCUCUCCUGUGAAUGAAAGGAAAUUAAAGACUCAGAAGAGCUCACACUAA